GGCCUUGACGGCUGGCUCGACUGACCGUGUGACCCCGGCCCACCCAGUCCAUCGCGACUUCCGCCUCGACCGACGGCACGGCGCGGAGAAAUUAAAGCCGACACGAGGAAAAAGGGAGGGGGCACGCCCCCGCACGAACUCCCGUCCUGCUCCUGCUCCUCCUCGCCGUCUCCACCACGGCAUGCUCCUCCUCCCGAUCCAUCUCCUCAGAUCCGUCACCCAUGCCGCCCCCCACCCCAAACCCUAGCCUCUAGCCCGUGCCCGCCAGCAACAGCGCCCAAAUGGGCCGCCCCAGGCUGCCCAACGCAGGCGGCAUCGACCCCAUCGCCGAGGAGCCCCAGCACCCUCGCUCCCCCGCCGAUGGCCCCGACCUGGCGGCCGUCGCCUGCGCGAUCUCCGCGGAGGCCAGCACCGUGCUCGCCGUCAUGCGCCGCGGCCUCCGCCACCCGCGCGCGGCGGCCGACGACGCCGCGGCCGAGCACCCGCUAGUCGCUUCCCUCAGGGCGCUGCGCCGCCUCGCCUUCUCCCCCGCUGCCGCUAGUUCUCCCUCCUCCCUCCCCGCCGCCGCGUUGCGGCCCUUCCUCGACGCCGUCCGCUCCGAGGAGGCCGGCGCCGGCGCCACCUCCGCCUCCCUCGCCGCGCUCCACGAGGUGAUGUCGCUCACGGGGCCCGCCCUCCCGGGUGCUGCGCUAAGGGAGGUUGUCGACGCCGUCGCCAGCUGCCGGUUCGAGGCCGGCGCCGAGCCCGCCGCCGAGGAGGCCGUGCUCAUGAGGAUGCUGCAGGCGCUCCUCGCCUGCCUCCGCGCGCCCUCCGCCGCCGCGCUCGGGGACCAGCACGUCUGCACCGCUGUCAACACGUGCUUCCGCGUCGUCCACCAGGCAGCGAGCAAGGGUGAGCUGUUGCAGCGAUUCUCGCGGCACGCGAUGCACGAGCUCGUACGAUGUGUCUUCGCCCGCCUCCCGCAGAUAGGCAGUGGUGAUGGAGGCGACACUGCCGUCAAACCAGAGAUCGGUGGCAUGGAUAAGAAUCAUCCUUUUGGGAUCAGGCAAAUGGAAAAUGGCAAUGGAAGCUAUGCAUCCGAGACAGGUACAUCUGAUGAGAAUUCUGCAGAUGGCAGUGGACUUGUCGUGGAGCCUUAUGGAGUCCCUUGCAUGGUGGAGAUCUUCCAUUUCCUGUGCUCUCUGCUCAAUGUUGUUGAGCAGAUUGGGUUAGAUGAAGAUCUGCCUUUGUUUGCUCUUAAGUUGAUCAACUCAGCAAUUGAGCUUGGUGGGUCUUCAAUUCGGAAACAUCCGAAGCUGCUAUCCUUAGUGCAAGACGAGCUUUUCAGAAACUUAAUGCAGUUCGGGUUGUCGAUGAAUCCACUCAUCCUUUCAAUGGUGUGCAGUAUUGGAUUGAAUCUUUACCAUCAUCUCCGGACUGAGCUCAAGUUGCAGCUUGAGGCUUUCUUUUCAUGUAUAAUCCUAAGGCUUGCACAACCCCGUUUUGGAGCAACAUAUCAUCAGCAGGAGGUUGCAAUGGAAGCUCUUGUCGACUUUUGUCGACAGAGAAGUUUUAUGGUGGAAAUGUAUGCCAAUCUUGACUGUGACAUAACCUGCAGGAAUGUGUUUGAGGAGCUUGCAAAUCUUCUAUCAAAGAGCGCUUUUCCUAUUAAUUGCCCCUUGUCUUCUAUGCACAUUCUUGCUCUAGAAGGCUUGAUUGCUGUGAUUCAGGGGAUGACUGAUCAUAUCGGGAAUGCAAGCUCACGCCCUGAGCUCAUGCCUGUGGAGCUCGAUGAAUACACUCCUUUCUGGACUGUUAAGUGUGAGAACUUUUCUGAUCCUCAGCAUUGGGUGACGUUUGUCCGUCAAAGGAAGUAUGUCAAAAGGAGGCUAAUGGUUGGUGCUGAUCACUUCAACAGGGACCCAAAGAAAGGUCUGGAGUUUCUUCAAGGCACUCAUUUGUUGCCUGAGAAGCUUGAUCCCCAGAGUGUGGCUUGUUUUUUCCGCUACACAGCUGGUUUGGAUAAGAAUCUUGUAGGAGAUUUUCUAGGCAAUCACGAUGAGUUUUGUGUUCAGGUGCUUCAUGAGUUUGCUCAGACCUUUGAUUUCCAGGAGAUGAACCUGGAUACUGCUCUACGGCUGUUUUUGGAGACUUUCCGGCUUCCCGGUGAAUCUCAGAAGAUACAGAGGGUUCUUGAGGCCUUCUCGGAUAGAUACUAUGAGCAGACUCCUCAGGCUUUCGCAAACAAGGACACUGCUUUACUGCUGUCUUAUUCAAUUAUAAUGCUGAACACUGAUCAGCAUAACAUGCAGGUGAAGAAGAAGAUGACUGAGGAGGACUUCAUCAAGAACAACAGAAACAUAAAUGGGGGUAGUGACCUCCCACGUGAGAUGUUGUCUGAGCUGUACCACUCGAUCUGCCGAAAUGAGAUUAAAACCACACCUGAGCAGGGUAUCGGAUAUUUUGAAAUGUCUCCCAGUCGUUGGAUAGAUCUAAUGCGGAAGUCAAAGUCUACAUCCCCGUAUAUUGUUGGUGACUCUCAGCCUUUCCUCGACCAUGAUAUGUUUGCUGUUAUGUCUGGCCCUACUAUUGCAGCCAUUGCCGUGGUAUUUGAUCAUUCGGAGCAUGAAGAAGUUCUGUUGACCUGUGUGGAUGGCUUUUUGGGUGUUGCGAAGAUCUCAGCAUUUCAUCACCUUGAGGAUGUUUUGGAUGAUCUUGUUGUUUCUCUAUGCAAAUUCACCACUCUUUUGAAUACCUCUUUGGUUGAGGAACCAGUUACUGCCUUUGGAGAUGACCUGAAAGCUAGAUUAGCAACUGAGACAUUGUUCACUAUAGCUAACAGAUAUGGGGAUUACAUACGUACUGGCUGGAGGAAUGUAUUGGAUUGCAUUCUGAGGCUGCAUAAGCUAGGGCUUCUCCCUGCCCGUGUUGCUAGUGAUGCAGCUGAUGAUUCUGAACUUUCUGCUGAAACUGUCCAAGGCAAGGCUGCUCCUAGUGCAGUUCCCACAUCUCAUAUUCCAGUGAUGGGUACGCCUCGGAAAUCCUCUGGACUUAUGGGAAGAUUUAGUCAGCUUCUCUCUCUUGACAGUGAAGAACCAAGAUCACAACCAACUGAGCAGCAACUUGCUGCUCACCAGAGGACUCUCCAGACAAUUCAGAAAUGCCGCAUUGAUAGUAUAUUUACAGAGAGCAAAUUUUUGCAGCCUGAUUCACUGUUUCAACUUGCGAGGGCUCUGAUUUGGGCUGCAGGUCGGCCUCAGAAGGUAGCCAGUUCGCCAGAUGAUGAGGAUACAGCAGUUUUCUGCUUGGAACUGUUGAUUGCCAUAACACUUAAUAAUCGAGACCGAAUUGUGCUUCUCUGGCAAGGUGUUUAUGAGCAUAUUGCCAACAUAGUUCAGUCCACAGUUAUGCCAUGUGCUCUUGUGGAGAAAGCUAUUUUUGGACUUCUGAGAAUAUGCCAGAGGUUACUACCAUACAAGGAGAACCUUGCUGAUGAAUUACUGAGGUCAUUGCAACUAGUUCUCAAGCUCGACGCACGUGUAGCAGACGCAUACUGUGAGAACAUCACACAGGAGGUUUCACGCCUCGUCAAAGCAAAUGCGUCACAUAUAAAGUCACAGAUGGGCUGGAGGACAGUAGUCUUGCUGCUCUCCUUUACAGCUCGUCAUCCUGAUGCCUCCGAAGUAGGAUUUGAGGCUAUCAUGUUUAUCAUGUCAGAAGGGGCUCACCUUUCACUAGCAAAUUAUGCGUUCUGCAUUGAAGCAUCACGACAGUUUGCCGAGUCCAGGGUUGGUUUAGUUGAUAGAUCUAUUCGUGCCCUGGAUUUGAUGUCUGACUCUGUUAGAAGUCUUGCCCUGUGGUCUCAAGAGACAAAAGGAACAGGUGAAGAACCCGAGAAGGGAUUGGAAGCAAUCAGGGAGAUGUGGCUGAAAUUGCUGCAAGCACUGAAAAAGUUGAGCUUGGAUCAGAGAGAGGAGGUGCGAAAUCAUGCGCUAGCUUCACUCCAACGAUGCUUAACAGCAACAGAAGGGAUUUGCCUCCAGUCCGCCACAUGGUCUCACGCCUUUGAUCUCGUCAUAUUUGCCUUGCUCGAUGACUUGCUGGAUAGCAGCCAGAAUCACUCCCAGAAGGAUUACAAGAACAUGGAAGGAUCCCUCGUGCUUGCCAUGAAACUAGUUGCAAAAGUAUACCUUCAACUAUUGCCAGACCUUUUCGGGCUGAGCAGUUUCUGCAAAUUGUGGCUGGGAGUCCUUAGCCGGAUGGAGAAGUAUAUCAAAAUCAAGGUCCGAGGCAAACGGAGCGACAAGCUGCAAGAACUAAUUCCGGACCUGCUCAAGAACAUUCUACUCGUGAUGAAGAACAAGGGGAUCCUUGCAAAGAGGAGCACGAUUGGGGGUGACAGCUUGUGGGAGUUGACAUGGCUUCAUGCGAACAACAUCUCGACGAGUUUGCAGUCUGAGGUUUUUCCAAGUCAGGAGUAUGAGCACCAAAGCAAUGCUGGUAGCCCGAGAGGGCCCAAUGCUGUUGAGGCUUAGGACUAGAAGUUCAGUUGUUGGCUUCCAUGGCGUGUGCAAGUUUAUUUGUGUUUCUAGGUUACUACUGCUUGUAUUCUUAUCCAUUGAAAGUGGGUUUUGAUAUUGUAAUUGCAUUUCGCCUCCAUUGCAAGUAUUAUAUAGUAUGUGGUUAUUCCGGCGAGCUUAAAGACCUUUUAUGUUCCUUGCUGGCGUCGCUGUUUUCUGCUAUAUUGACAGCAACAUGAUCAAAUUGACAUGUCGUCGGUGCUACAUGGAAUAGUUCUGCUGUCUGCCUCUUGUAGACAAUUUCAAUCUAACCAGAAUACUGAUGUUUUGCAA